UAAAUGUGGAGGAAAACGUUGAAUCAACUUGUAAACCCUACCUGAUGGACGUCAUAUACUCCUGGUCAAAGGACUCCACCUUCGGAGAGGUCAUAGAAAUGACUGGCAUUUUUGAAGGAAGCAUCAUACGGUUAGUUAGGAGGCUGGAUGAAUUUCUGAAUCAGCUAAAAGCUGCUGCUGAAGCUGUUGGGGAGGUCAACCUUGAGAACAAGUUUGGAUCGGCAAGCGAGAGCCUACGCCGGGGUAUCAUGUUUGCCAACUCGUUGUAUCUAUGAUGGGUGGAGCUCCAUCAGCUGUAGCAUAUAUGUUAGCAGACCAAAAUGUAGUCUCUUUUUCGUUUUUGACAUGGCAUGGAAAUGUAGCCCUAAUCUGUUGGGAGUGUAGGUUGUAGCCUUCUGGCCUGGUAACCCCCUACCCCUAGGCAGCAGUUGUUCCAUCAGAAGAUUGAAAGCCAUGUGAUAUACAUCAGUUUAUCUAUGAUUCAUACAUGUACACGUUAGUAGGUGGUGCUAACAUUUUUGUAAGCAGUCAGAAAUGAGUGCGGA